AUGGCGGGUUUACAAUGUUUUGCUUGUGGGCAAGGAUUUGGCUUCUUCAGACGAGAGCAUGGAUGUAAGAAUUGUGGAAGACUUUUCUGCUCUGGAUGCACUUCUCAGUCAAUUAUUUUACCACAACAUGGGUCAAAGAAAAUGAAAGUUUGUGAUCAAUGCUACAGAAAUCUUACGAGAGAUACACAAAAACAAACUCAAAUUAAAGACAGAAAUGAUUUGAAUGACCUAAACAAGAACACCCCUUUGCACAGACCUGUUUUAAACAGCUGUGAGAAAGGUCAUUUGCAAAAUGGAAUAAGGAAAACAGUCAUUGCUACAGCUGAAUCUUCAGAACACAAAAAUUCUUCAAUGGAUCCUGAUGAGGCAAUCCGUCAGAGGCUGGCAGAGCUUAGAACAAAUGAUUCCUCUAAAGAUAAAGAUGAUUCUUCAGUAUCACAAAUAACAGAUCAACUGUUAGGAGAAAGGUUUGAGAACCUCACUGGAAGAAAGGCAACAUCAAUGCAGAACUCAAAUAUCAAUACCCUUCAGCCGAAAAAAUCUGAAGUAGAGGAGGUGAAUGACUUGAUGAAACAAAUGAUGGAAGAAAACAAACUUGCUGAGGAGGAUCCAACAGCCACAAGUAGUAUCACUGAUAAGGAAAUUGAAGAGAGACUUGCCAAGCUGAAAGGCAUUGAUCCAAGUCUGACAAAUCAACCUAAAUCAAAUACAUUUGAUAGUGAUGAAGAUGAUGAAACAGCAAGCCAACAAUACCUGAAACAGAUACUUGGUGAAGUAGCUCUGGAUUUAAAAAUGGAAAACGUUGAUUUUGGUGAUUCCUCUGCCAGCAAAUCAAGUAAAUCAGGAAAAAAGACAGGACAAUUGAAGACCAAAGAUAGUGAUUCCACAGCUAUGCCAAGCAGCAUUUUUAGCCACGAUUAUGAAGCAAACAGUGAUGAUGACGAGUUGCCAUGGUGUUGUAUCUGCAAUGGGAAUGCUGUUCUAAGAUGUCAUGGCUGUGAUGAUGACUUCUAUUGUCGGAGAUGCUAUAG